AUGGAAGUUGUCCAAUUUUUUUCCAAUAGCCUUUUUGUUAUUGACACGACUUUACAACUUUGCUUCGACUUUAUAACCACGGCAACUCUAUUCGCCUUACCAUCAAUUCGCGGAAUAUUUCAAGCUCUUUCAUCCACUGUCAUUUUUUAUUUGUCUUUCUGGUUAAGUUUCUUUCCGUUUUCAUUUAGCGUGUUGUCAUUCUACUUUCAAUCAUUUUUUCUUUCUUUUUCUGGCAUUACGGCUUUCUCUUUCAUUCUCUUUUUAUCCGAUCACCUUCUUUCUUAUCUUUCUUUCUUUCUUUCUUUCUUUCUUUCUUUCUUUCUUAAUCUUCCAAUUCUUCUACUUUUCUUUCGAUUUCCACCUAUUUUUGUAUUCGUCAUUCAUUCUCGUUUUUCUUACUUUUUUCUUUUGUUUCUAGUUUUUUUUAGCUCUUGUCAUUUCUUUUUUCUUUCUUUCUUUCUUUCUUUCUUUCUUUCUUUCUUUCUUACUCCGAUGUCUAGGUUUCUUUUCACGAGCUUCAUUAAUAUAGCCAUUCUUUUUCUUUUAUUAUAUUUAAAUUGCUUCUUUCUCCAUUUUCAAUAUCCUUUUAUGCCCACCUUUCCAUCGUUUUUUGAUUUCUUUCAUUCUUUUCCCAAUUUAAUAUUUACUUAUUUUCUUUUUUCUUAUUUCGUUUUUUCCUUCAUUCUCUAUUUCUCACAAUGUUUUUCCUUUCUUCAAUAUCUUUCCAUUUGCUUCAUUUUCUAUCCUGUUGAAUUCUUCUUCUUCUUCUUCUUCUUCUUCUUCUUCUCUGCCUCCUUUUUUUUUCUUUUUAUUUUCCUGGUUCUUCUUAUCUUCUUAUUUUUCUUCUUCUUUUACUUCUUUUUCUUCUUCACAUCCUCCUCCUCCUUUUUUCUUCUUUUUCUUUUCUUCUUUUUUUUUCUUCUUUUUCUUGUUCUUCGUUUCUUGUUCUUAUUUUUCUUCUUCUUUUCUUUCUUUUUCUUCUUCACAUCCACCUCUCCCUUCUUUUUUCUUCUUUUUCUUUUUUCUUCGUCUUCUUCUACUUCUUCUUCUUUUCUUUUCUUAUUUUUCAUCAUCUUUUCCUCCUUUUUCUUCACAUCCGCCUCCUUCUUUUUUCUUCUUUUUUCUCCUCCUCCUCCUCCUCCUUCUUCACUAUUCUUCCUUUUUCCCUUCUUCCACUUAACUCCUUCUUGUUGUUCGUCUUUUACUUUUUCUUCCUUUUCUUCUUCUUUAUCUUUUCUUUAUACUUCUUUUCUUCUUCUUCUUCACAUCUUCCACCACCCCCUUCUCCUGCUCCUACUUCUUUCACUUCUUUUUUUUCUUAUUUCCCUUUUUCUUCUUUUCUUGCUUUCGUUCUUCUUCUUCUUCUUCUUCUUCUUUACUGUAAUCUAUCUAUCUAUCUAUCUAUAUAUCUAUCUAUCUAUCUAUCUAUUACAAUUAUCUACUCUAUCUAAUAUUAGUGCUACCGUUCUUCUUGGACAUCUAUCCAACAAGAACAAAAAAGACAAAAGUCUAAUCCUAUCUAUCUAUCUAUCUAUCUAUCUAUCUAUCUAUCUAUCUAUCUUGUUCAACAUGAAAAUUGCCGGAUCAAUUAGACAUAUUGCAAUGACACGAGCAAAUGAUUCCCGCAUACACUCUAUCCAAAAAAAGAAAUCUCUUGUUCUAUCUAUAUAUCUGAUUUUUAAGAUCAAUGUCAUCCUAUUAAUAUCUAUCUAUCUAUCUAUCUAUCUAUCUAUCUAUCUCUUCAUCUAUCCAACAGUGUUUUCAUCUAUCUAUCUAUCUAUCUAUCUAUCUAUCUAUCUAUCUAUCUACGUUUACGAGAAGAACUGCGGGAUCGGAGAAACGGUUCGCGUUCUCGCUCGAACGAGCGGCGGUGCCACGCUGCUUCCGCGCGAUAAUGACCUUUCUUUUCGUUCCGCUGGAGCCUGCCCUGUCGGUUGUGAUUCGUGGCUACGGGGCGGCUGCAAUUGUUGGGGUCUGCGUCAGUGGCGCUCGUCUUCGCCCCACGCAUCCUCUUCGGCUGCUGUCGCUUCGCACGUGGAAGCGUCCGCGUACGGGUCACCCGAUUUGACAUUCGCGACAGGCGGGAUUUUGCCGUCUCCGUCUGAUUUCGACCACCGCAUUAAGCUAAUUAUAUCUAUCUAUCUAUCUAUCUAUCUAUCUAUCUAUCUAUCUAUCUAUCUAUGUAUUUAG